ACGACUUCGUUCACUAGAAGGGCUGAGCAACCUCUGCGUCCUCCGGAUUGGCUGUCAUGUUUCGGACCAGCUUCGCAGUCGCGCGGGCUCCAGGGCGGGUUGUCAGACUCCCCAGGCCAUCCUGCCCUGCCUGGGACCAGGACUGCACAUGGUGGUCAGUGGGCCCUUAGCUCCGAAUAUGUGGCUUAGACCUCCAUGCCAGGCUGUUUGGUCACUCAGGUGCUGAUCUGAACUUGGUCCAUCACUUAACAUUCAGAACCCUUCACCUAGGCUGAAGGGGAUCGAGCAGCCUAAUGGAGACGUCACCAGCCAGUCCAGUGAGAGGGAAGGACGUUUCUCCAUCACAACAAUGGGCAGAGAACCCUCCUCCUCCGAACCCAGAUGCCACCACUCACCCGGGAGGCCCUCCCACUGAAGCCCUGGAUCUGGGAGUGAGGCCAGAUCCAGCCAAUCAAAUUGCAGAGGAUCCUCAGGGGCUUGAAAAACUGAUGGCUGGACUCGAAGGAGGCUCUGAUAAACCCCACGACCCAACCAAUGAGAUGGCAGAACCUCUCGAAGCUUCUCGACUCUGGUACUGUCCGGAUGGGAGCUUUGUCAAGAAGAUAAUAGUCCAUGGCCACGGCUUGGACAAACCCAAGCUGGGCUCUCAAUGCCGAGUGUUGGUUCUAGGGUUUCCUUUUGGGUCGGGGCUGCCAGAGGGCUGGGCAGAACUAACUAUAGGUAUAGGGUCAUGGAGGGAAAAAACUUGGGGGGAACUCACAGAAAAGUGCUUGGAGUCCAUGUGUCAAGGUGAGGAAGCAGAAAUUCAGCUCCCUGGGUGCACUGCACCCCUUGGCAGGCUCAGACUGGAAUCCUUCACUCAAGGCCGGGACUCCUGGGAGCUGGAGGUUAGUGAGAAAGAGGCCCUGGCCAGGGAAGAACAUGCAAGGGGCACAGAGCUGUUUAGAGCUGGGAACCCCCAAGGGGCUGCCCGAUGCUACGGACGGGCUCUCCGGCUCCUGUUGACGUUACCCCCACCUGGCCCUCCAGAACGAACUAUUCUUCACGCCAAUCUCGCCGCCUGCCAGUUGUUGCUAGGGCAGCCCCAGCUGGCAGCCCAGAGCUGUGACCGGGUGCUGGAGCGGGAACCUGGCCAUUUAAAGGCCUUAUACCGAAGGGGUGUUGCUCAGGCUGCUCUUGGGAACCUGGAAAAAGCAACUGCUGACCUCAAGAAGGUGCUAGCAGUGGAUCCCAAAAACCGUGCAGCCCAGGAGGAGCUGGGGAAGGUGGUCAUUCAGGGCAAGAAACAAGAUGCAGGGCUGGCUCAGGGUCUGCGCAAGAUGUUUGGCUGAUUAAAAAGUUAAACCUUAAGAGACAGGAA